AUGAUGAGGUUAUAGACACACAUAGAUAUAUGAUUACCGAUUGGAUCAAGCCACGGUCAUCAAAUCAUAUGAAUUGCACAAGAAAUGCGGUUCAAGACCCAUAUAAGUAGCCAUUUUCUGCUCUAUUCGCUAAAUCGUCUAAAUAUGAAGCUGAGUUCGUCAUUUUAAAUACCUUUAUCCACCUCCUUUUGCGGAUUAAUGGGUGUUCACACAACGCACAUCCUAUUCAUCUGGGUAGAUGUCAAUCAGAUGAACAACUGGGGUUUGGAAGUUCUAAUGGGCCUUUCAACAAAUAGGGAGCCUAGAAAGAGAGGUCGCCGCAUUGUAAACGUGUGCACACAUGCAUUCAAAAAAAAAAAAUGAUUAUUUGGCUCAUAUUUCAGGACACCAAAGGGGAACCCUUUCUAGGGUGCGAUAUGGAUAAAUACAUUCCCCAUUACGACUCGGCUAACAUAAUGCUUUUCCCCCACAUCUAACAGAACUCUGAAACUUUCCAAGGCUUGCUUUGGAGCAAAGCGAUAAGACGAUAGAGUGUCUGGUGCGGCGAUCUCGUUCAGCUAUCCGUGAAUGGUUGUAUAGGAGUUUGGCUAGUAGCUAUGGUCAGCAUGUGGAUAAAAUGAGGCCUUUGCUUCUGGAGGUGAAUUUGGUGAUGGGCAUGAGAUUUCCUUCGCUUCCUCGAAACAAAGACAAACAGGAAGGCACAUGAACCCCACCAGCGACUUAAAGGGAACGUCAUUUUAUCAGAUUUGCAAUUCAUCAGUUUCAUUUAAUUUUUCUCAUCGUUCAUACUUGUUUUGGUUGACACGGAAUUCUUUUAUCGAGAUUAUAUUAGAAAGAAAAGUGAGUUCCUUUACAUAUAUAGAUAAAAGGGUGGUCGUCUCUAUUUUUUGUAUAUUUAUUGACUUUAUUGAUCUGAAUUUUGAAUGAUAGAAUGUUCAAACAUUCUGAUGGAACUAACAAAAAUGAAAGGUCCAUGAUAAUUAGUUUUGUAAUGUAUUUAAUACUCACGAUGAGCUUCUCUUGACAGGAGGAAA